AUGUCGUGGCAAACUUACGUGGAUGAACAUUUGAUGUGUGACAUUGAAGGUACCGGUCAGCAUCUCGCCUCGGCCGCUAUCUUUGGUACCGAUGGUACCGUCUGGGCUAAGAGCUCUUCUUUCCCUCAGUUUAAACCUGAAGAGAUUAAUGCUAUCAUCAAAGAAUUCGAUGCACCCGGUACCCUUGCCCCUACGGGUUUAUUUCUUGCGGGUGCAAAGUACAUGGUGAUCCAAGGCGAGCCUGGAGCUGUCGUCCGUGGAAAGAAGGGAGCUGGAGGGAUUUGCAUCAAGAAAACAGGUCAAGCCAUGGUGUUUGGUAUCUAUGAGGAGCCGGUGGCUCCCGGUCAAUGCAACAUGGUUGUGGAAAGGUUGGGUGAUUAUCUUGUGGAUCAAGGCAUGUAAUCCACAUCAUUAUUUAUCAUUGAAAGUGCUUCUUAUUCAGGGGUACAUUUUUUGAAUAUCAUUACGACUUAGUUUUUUAUUGUGUGUUUUAGUCUUCAAUACGAGGACAAAAAAAGUUUUAUUUGCUAUUUUAUCUGGAGUUAUGACCUCCGGAUCCUCGUAUAUACCAGGUUAUGUGUAUCGUUAUUAACGAAUCUAUAAGUUCAAUAAGUUGGUCUAUGUUUGUGAUCUAGUUG